AUGAUCCGCAAGAUGCAGAGGUUGCUGAGAUGUACAAGCACAACAGAGAGCUUUUCGUCCAGACGGCGAAAUACUGGACGGAGACCUUUGCCUCCGAGAAGAAAUCCUCCAACGACGAGAAGGCCCGACGGAUCCGAAGGAUCCGGUCUUCCGGCCGUCUCGAAAACGAGAAAACGAGAACGUGACCCUGGCAUGACGGAGAGGUGCUCGGGCUGCUGUGAUUGUUUGGAGGUUUCUUUUGACCCACUUCCAUGGGUUCUUUUGCGACAUGCUGACUUGGGCUAG